AUGCCGUUCGAAUCUACCAUUGAAGGCGCCAAGCUUGGAGGUACAGGUCCAGAAUCCGACGUCAUCAUUGCGGGAGCAGGUCCUGUUGGCUUACUGCUCGCUCUCCUCCUUGCUCGAAAGGGCAUACGUUCCAAGGUAUUCGAGAAGGGUGCAGAGCUGGAUACCUCUCCUCGAGCGGCACUCCACUAUCCACUUGUUCCUGAAGUUUUCAAGGACGCCGGGAUUUAUGACAUUGUUUUCCAACGCGGCAGUCAUUUAGGUGGCCCUCUAUGGCGUAAACGUAUCAUCGACGAUGGCAAUGGCGGAAAAGCACUAGGGCCGGUAAUAGCAGAGCUAGAAACAUUUAAACGGGGAGAUGAUGGAUUUUUUGAAGAAGGAAAAGUCGCUAUUAUCUUUGUGCAAGGGGCCUUGGUCCAGGUGCUGCUGGAAGAAGCCACCAAAACGAAUCUUGUCGAGGUUCACUUCAGCACGCCUAUUAUGGGAUUGGAGCAAGACCAGCAUAGAGUCUCAUCUCGAAAAGCUCCCGGGUUACUUCGCGAGAUCGUGCCCAGGAAACCUGGACUGUGGCGCUUUGCAAUGGCUGUUCCUGACGAAACAUUGACGAACGAGGAGGUAGGGGAUCCUAAAUAUGUGCAUGAACUUCUCCUCAAAUAUUUGGAUGGUCCACGACCUGCCGAGUGUAAUUUGGUUCGUCGUCGUGCUAACCGACUGACUGCACCAGCUCUUGGCAAAGUUCUUCUCGCUGGUGAUGCGGCGCAUGUCAACAAUCCUGUUGGCGGACUUGGGUUAUGCACCGGUUUGUUGGAUGUUGACCUUCUCUCUCAGGCACUUGAUCUGAUAAUCAACCAUGAUUAUCAUGAUCCGCAAGACUUGCUAGCAGAGUACUCAGCAGCUUGGCAAUUUGUAUUCCAGACAUUCGUGAGCCCCAUAAGCAGUGCGAACAAAAUCCGACUUCACGAAAGUGAUCCAGACGAUGCCGCUGGUGAGGAUUGGUUUUUCCGGAUUUUACGGAGAAAUAUUCCACAAGAGAUAGAGAAGGCAGUCACGCCACUACAACAGGUCUGGAGGACUGAUAUUCGUUCGAUCAUCAAGGACCCAAUGAAGCAAAAGUUGUAGGGGGUUUAGAGUACACAGCGAGUAUGAGGCAUACUUAAAAUACAACUGCUUCA